GUCUGCAUUCUUGCCGUACACGUGUUGUUUGUGCUUUCGUUUUCCCAGCCAAUAAUAUUCCGAUUUCUGUAACCCACCGCCGUUGAUCCGACUGUCACCGCCUUAUCAAUACAGGUUCCCCUUUGGUUGAAUUUUUCUCCUAAAUCCGAAAUCGCUGACUGUCUUCUUCUGCUCACCGCCGCUUCCUCCAUUCAUAUGUGUUCUGCUCCUAUUCUUCUUCAUGUCACGAAUUCUUUCCAUCUGAUCCAUCUUUCUCCGGUGAGAUCGUCGGCCCUCACUACGGUGGCUGCCUAGCGCCGCCAUACCCGCUAUUCUCUCCAUUUGUGCUACCGACAGUAACCCAGCACUAAAGACCGACUGCUGCUUCUCAUUACAUACUCAAAUGUCUUUCUACAAGUAAAUGCGAUUGACGCUUCCCGAGGGUUUUGCACAUUUGCCUCCAUCUAAUUUUCCACCUGCGAUUCUUCUGUUCUUCAGGGCUAUAUUGGGUCAUUGUGGUUCUGAUCAGAAAUUGUUAGGUUGCUUCCCUUAUUUCGAAUCAGGAGGCGUCUGUUGCUUUCCUGCCUACUUCACUCACCCUUUCUGUUUUUUGUUUACAGAUUCCUCAAAGCCAUCCCGCUUCAUUCGUUACUCUUGCUCUAAAUAAUUUAACAAGAUGCCACAAGACCUUCCAGGGUUCUAUUAUGACGCAGAGAAGAACAUAUAUUUUCCUGUAAAAUCACCAAUUCCAGGUUCUUCUUCCAGGAACAACUCUUCUGCUUCAACCAGCGCUCAAAAACCACCCCCAAACCCAACAACAAGACGACAUAUGCAGCCAAAGUUGUCAAGACUCAAGAUGCUUCAUGUUAAGGAGCUAUGUGGUAAUUCAAUCAGCUGUAAAAAAAAGGUGAACUUUCAAGAGCAAUACCAAAAGAUACAUACAUCAAAACCUAUAAUUUGGAAAUAUAAAGGGUUGUUGAUGCUGCAUUAG